UCAAAUGGUUCUCGCGCCUCUGGCCGCACGCAAGUUUGCGACGUUGGAAGCUUCUUUUUUUCGACACCCGCCCUUUCCCAAUCGAGCGCGUCGCCUGACAUGAACAUGGCGUCUCUCACACGACGGCGGAUGAAUCAUGACAUGGUUCGUGCUGAGCUUACAAAAACGCGAACACCAACCCGUCGUCGAUCCGACGAGCGUUUUCCGUAUCCCCCGUCCCCUCUCCGCCCCUCCCCUGGUCAUUCGUCGUCGUCCCCCCUCGACUUUGCGCAGUCUAGCCUCAUAACGUCGUUCCGAAUUUGAUUCCUCCACCGACCACGACGAUGUCCUCGACCACAACGCCGCUGCGCCUACCGCGCCUCAUCUCGUACUUCCUCUCGUUCGCGUUCGGCAUCGCGGGCUUCGGUCUCGGCCUGCACGCGCUGAUACAGUCGCGCAAGGACAAGAGCCGCCUCCACAAAGCCGUCGGCUCCACCAUCGACCUGAACAUCGACACGACCGACAUCCUCGGCGCCGGCGGCGCGCUCACCGCCGCGACGGGCCUCACCGGCCUGCUCUCGCUCGUCUACCUCGUCCUCCUCCUCCUGCCCCACCCCCGCACCGCCGCGCUCCCGCUCGCGACGCGCACGCUGCCGAUCCAAGCGCACUCGCUCCUCUUUUGCGUCGUCUUCCUCUUCGCGACGCUCGUGCCUACCGCGGACUUUGUCGCGAACAACCAGGCGAAGGUGUCGGCGACCGUCGGCGGCAUCGCGCUCCCGGCGUCGGUCAUCGCGCAGGCGCAGAAGCUGCUCGGCGCGACGGGCGUGUACCACAAGCUCGGAUACCUGCGCAACAUCGCGAUCGUGCCCUGGUUCGCGUUCCUUUUCGCGCUCACCUCGGCCAUCCUCGCGUACCUCGCCCACUCGCGCGCGAAGAGGGCGGCGCCUGUUGCUGCUGCCGCGCCCAUCCAGGAGAAGAACGCCGGAACGGUAUAAUGUUGGUUUCUCUGCGAAUAGAGCCAUGUGAGAACGGAAGGUUCGAUCGUUAUAAUGAAGGUAAUAACGUAUAACAUGUGGAGCACGUCAUCGCAACGAUAAUGGAAUGUAGCGGACGAACGGAUGCGCG